AUUUUGACAGUUGGUGCAUAUCCUUACUGAACCCCCUCCCCAGCGUUGUGAUAAUGGAGGAAGUACCUCAAAAGCCUGCAGUCUCACGCAGGAGACCGAGACAAACAGCGAGGAUGGACAACGCAGCGGCCGCCUCUUCAAGACCAUCUCAGAUAACAAACAAUGAUCCGGACUGUUUUAUCAUAGAACCUGAACACGAUACGACAGGCAUGAUGGCGGAAGGCCUGCAUAUCCUUCCAGAAAUCCUCCACGUCGGCCUCAAACUCAAAGACCUGGGGAAGAAAAGCAUCCAGCUGCUCUUAAAGAAGCGCCAACUGUUGAUAGAGACACCACUUGAUGUCCCAGAAGACAUGAAAAGAAAAGAUCUAGCAUCAUCAGUCAUGGCAACCUUGGUCUUUGCCCAGGAGGAAGCAGGCACAGCGGUCUGCAUCUCACCCAACGGCAUCCUGCUCACCUGCUCCCACUGCAUCGCGGAGACUAUCGACGACUUUGAUGACUCCAAAAGCCACUGGCUCCUCUUUGCUUCAGGUCAAGUAGUCGAAGCCAAAGCUCUAGCCUGGGACGGCAGAAGAGACCUGGCCCUGCUGAGAAUCAUAUCAGCCCAACAGCCUCCUCCAUCUUCAGGACCUUCAUCAUCACCACCCUCAGGGGGAUUCCCCUUCAUAACCCUCUCCUCCACACCACCAGCCUUGAAAGCCCGACUUAUCUGCGUCGGCCACCCGGGCAGUGAGGAUUUCGAGGCCGCUCUACCAGGAACGAAGACGGACUACGACGUCCUCCACCUUAGCACCGGCACGUUCAGGGGUUGUGCCGAGGGUCAGGACCCGCAGGAUAACUCGGAUAUCGGGGCGCUGAUGCAUUCAUGCUGGACGUACUGGGGGCACAGCGGCGCACCGUUAGUCGACAGGAAGACGGGGACGCUCAUUGGGGUUCAUUCAUCAUGGGAUGAUGAGACGGGGAUGCGGAGGGGUGUUGCGUGGGAGGCUAUCUCUGUGUUUCUGGAGGAGAAUCGGCAUCAUUUAUGAUCUUAAGAAAUGGAGCAAAGUCCUCUGACUUGAUAGAUGUCUGUCUAUCGCGAGCACUAAUCUACAAUUUUCACUCGUAUAUAUAGUGUAUUGACUGGAGGAUCUGGUCUGAUAGGAAAUGAAGCAAGAGGCUAGGGGGGCGAUGGUCGUUCUUGCCUCUUCACUUUGUAUCCUACCUGCCCUUUCUUCCAUCUUUGGUUCCUUCUUCGUCCAAAGUAUUCUAUCUUCCAUCACACACAGAUUCUACUCUCACGGUUGAGUACCCAAAAAAUACCAAACCUCCCUUUCCUUCCA